AACCACAGUCACAUCCGAGUGAUCUAAGGCCGCGGGCGCUUCGGUCUGACCAAAAUCUGUGCAAAUGUGUCGUGGAUUUCCAGCCUUAAGUCACACAAGUCUCAUAUACCAAAAGAGCAGAAUGGCUUUAAUCAAAAAUGCUGCAUGUGUUUCUGCAGGAGAGCGCUGUAAACGACUCGCAGGGUCAGGAUGAAGCCGCCAGCUCUUCAGGGCAACCGCAGCAGGAUGUAGCAAACACAGUAUUGCACUUGAGACGAAAGCUGUCUUACCCCAGACCAGAUCCGACACACAGCGAGACUGAGAGGGAAAACACUAGUCCGCUGCUAGAAAUGCCUGAUCUGUCACAGACGACCUCCUCGAGGAGUUCAAUGCAGCUCUCCAAGACUCCUGCGACCUCUCAGGACAAAACCUCAGAUAAACUGACAGUCAUCAGCGACACUCCGGAGGAUGAGCUCUUCAAGUCUCGCUCAGAGUCCCAGAUGUCCCCUGUCUUCCCCCUGCAUCGCAGCUUGAUUCGCCAUUCUGUAGUAUGUGUGGAGAAACUGAGUCAGGAACUCAUCCCGGGGAGCGCAGGCCCAAUGAACUUUCACCCCGAGGACACCUGCGCCGACAGGUUUCUGUCCCCACAGAAGGACUCGCCUGUUUCCAAACGGCCUGUCUCCACUCAGGAUCGCUUCAAACCAACAAGCCAUCUGCCAGAGGACAAAGAUGGCCAUCGAGAUGCCAACGGGGAGGAAGACGAUACUCAAAUACCUGAUGAAGAUACUCCUUUAGCAACACAGCUAAGCCAAGGUUUGAGCACAGAUCCAGAUACGUGCCUUUCACCUUCUAGAAGAUCCCAGAUAUCAAGCCCCAAAUGUGUGCCUGAAAACAGCAAUGAAGACAUCACUGAAACGAGUAACAAUCCUGACCAAAAGCAAGUGGAGGAUCAAACCACUCAGGAAAAAGCUCCAAACCAGUCUUGGAAUGAAUUUACCAGUCACAUGGUCUUGCAUUUAGCAGAUGAGGAUGAUGAUGAAGAAGAAGAGGUCGUCUUUCCAAGCCCAGUCAAGAAGAUUUCAAUCAGGACUGGGCUUUCCCCAAACCAGUCCUGUGUAUCUUCAGCGACCAUCACCCUCGAUUCUUCCACACAAGGCACACAAAUGUCCCGGUCUGUCCUGGAGGAGGACUCGAGGGCGUCCAAAGGUGCUGAGUCCCAACCCUCUGACCGUAAACCGACACAUACUUCAGUGGGAAAAAAAGGACCAUGCACAAUCUCAUACUACUGGGGAGUGCCUUUCUGUCCCAUGGGGCAAAGCCCGGACGAGUACACGCGUGUGAUCAUGUGUCAGAUGGAGGUGUACGAGAAGAGCCUGAAGGAGGCCCAGCGGAAGCUGCUGCGCAAAGCAGAUUGGGGGCAGCCCGUGUUGCCCGGCUCCUCAGAGAGGCCGUUCGCUGGGAGGAGAUGGAAGCGCAACAGGGCUCCUCAGCUGUCGGAGGAUGAGGAGGACAAUGAAGAAGAAAAGAACAGAAAAGCAGUAGAAGAAGAGAGGGAGGAAGAGAGGCAGGGGUCUGUGGCGGGGUCACAGGAGGAGGCUGAGGGAGGACAGACUGAAACAUACGUAGUUGUGUCUUCUCCAGAGACUAAAGAUGAGCAGGAGGAUAAAGCCCCUUUCUUCAGCCAAGAGGAGCCUGGAACUGCAGCUGCUAAUAAACCGUUCAGGAAGAAAACUCCGUGGGAUAUUUCAGAUGAAACUCAAAUAACGAGUCCAGCUGAGGAGGAGGAGGAGGAGGAGGAGGAGGCCCAGACUCACGAGGGCUGUGAAGAGGAUGAGAUCGUUUGUCCAGAGACUCAGAUGACUGGAAACAGCUCACCAGAGCUAAUGAUCACCAGUCCCGCACAGCCCCAGUCUCGAGCUGCCAGCGUCAGCGAGGUGAUGGAGGUGGAGGAGGGCGGAGGUGUGUCUGUAGCGGCGGAUGAGAUGAUGGAGCAGGAGAACGAUCCAGAUGAAGCGGCUCCUCCUCACGGUCAGAGGAUGGAGUGUCCCAUGUGCUCGAAACUCUUCCCCUUCAGCAAGAUCGAGAUGCACGCCGCUUUCUGUAACGGCGAAGCAGAACAACAGGAAGAACAAGCACAAGUUGUUGCCCGACGGAAGAGGACCAGAGGAAAUUUAACAGAGCGAUCUGGCAAAUCAGCAGAGAUGGAGAAGUGCUUCCUGUGUCAGGAGGUGUUCUCUCCUCACGAGUAUCCCGAACAUGUCGAUUUGUGCAUGAAAAAGAAAAACCAGAGACCCGAUCAGGAAAGCGGCCUACUUUCUGCUCUGGAACGGACCGAACGGAGACCUACUGGCAGUGAUGAACCUGGGCCAUCUGAUGUUUCUACAAAGAGCAGCUGUGGUGUUGCAGUGACGGAGAUGUCUGAAAGCAUAGACUCGUCCUGUCCCAGUACUGCCUUCAGUCCUCCAUCAGAAAACUCGGACUGCCUUCUGGACUCCUCUAAGAACAGCCUAAGACUCUCUAGAAAAAGAAAGUUCAAGAGAUAGUGUCCACAUGCCUUUAUUAACACUGGUGUCUGUGCUUUUCAUUGCCUCUCCAUUUCUAUGGCUUUUUACAAAAUAAAAAAGUGCACAAAUUUAUAUAUUUAAAGUUUUGUGUUGUAAAUGUGUAUUAAAUGAUAUUGACACCUCAUGA